CAAGUAAGCAGGACUAAAGUAUCAUUUAUCAACUAUAAAGCGAGCGAGUGCUUGCUUGCAGCUUGCAGAUCGCAGUCGAAAUGACUCUAAAUCCUAAUAAUUUAUCACUAGGUGGACUCGGUCCUAGCAGUAUAGAGCAAAUUCUACGACUCAGACAGGAGCGUAACCAACGAAUACCGAAAUGUGCCCGUUGUCGGAAUCAUGGCAUUGUUUCGGCAUUGAAAGGACACAAGCGUUACUGCAAAUGGAAAGAUUGUCUGUGCGCAAAAUGUACGUUAAUUGCGGAACGGCAGAGAGUGAUGGCGGCACAAGUCGCGCUACGGCGACAGCAAAGUCAGGAUGAGAAAGAAGCUAAAGAUUUAGAAAUAUUGUUGGGCGUUGAAAGAGCUGGAAAAUUAUUAAAAUUUAUGCGACAAGGUGAAACAACCGGCAGCGAUAAUAAAAGUGAAAAUAUGCUUGGUGGUGGUCUGUCACUUGAGGAAGAUGACAGAACGAAAUCGCCGCAAUUAAACGACUUACCAUCAACUUCAUUAAUAAGACCAAAGAUAUCUUCACCAAAUCCAACUACAAAUCAGGAAUACUUCACUUUUCCACCCACAAUUCCACAUCGACGAUCUAGAAAUAAUAACACAGCGGACCCGGAAAACAAUAAGUCCCGCUCGCCAUUUGACGUGACAGAAUCUAUGGAAUCUCAACAGCCGAUUUGGUCCGCGCAAUGGUCAAAUCCAUUAAAUUUUUGCACAUUUCAGCCGUUGGCACCUCUACCAUAUCGACCACAGCAUUUUGGACAAGCUGUUUUCCCAUUCGGCGUUGGUUGUUAUCCCAUCAAUCCAACCAUGCUGUACGCAAAAUCUUCAUUUUCCAGUAUGCCAGAAGGUGCUGUUCCACAGAUAGCACAUCCAUGUGAUAGCAGCACAUCCCAAACCGCUACACAGUUCUCUUACAAUUCGCUUGCACCAUUGCCACCAGUACAAGCAAAUCCUUUGGAUUAUCGACAGCAUGUCAAAACUUCCAGCUCAAAUGAAGACCUUCUUGAUGAAUGAAAUCAGCAGCUAUUAAUAAAUUUACUUCAACACCAUAAAGUACCAUACAGAGCUAAAGAAUGUGUAACACUGCUGCAACAGACUAGGAAAUCAUUUCAGACUAUACUGGGUUUUAUAAAAUAAAAGGAAAUACUCUCUUCAAAAACUAUGUAGGAAACAUAGAUUUGUUCUGUAAUAAGAACCUUGUACAUAAUUAUUUGCAAUAGUAGAAACAAUGGAAAUACUACAGUAACACGGUUAGAACACGUCUAAAUCAGUUAUAAAUAUUGUAAGCUCACCUGUCAAAAAAUUGAAAAAAAGGAAAAUUCCGAUUCUUCGCAUUAAUGCAACUGCAUAGGGAACAGUCUCAUAAUUUUAUCAAUUGACAAGAUUUCAUUUCGCAAAAAUCUGGAUAAAGAAGUGAAAUACCCGGACUCAAUGAUAUCAC